AGCCUGUUUCCGACGGUCAGUGUGAUGUAACACAACUGGUCCCAUCUUGGUUUGAGAGAGAGAGAGGAAACAGAAAGCAAACCGUCCAUAUUACAGCUGCUUUGUCAGCGCUUUUCAUGGUGAUGGACCCUCCCGGUGGGCGAGACGAGCGGCGGAGACAGGCAGAGCGUCUUCGGCGGGAGGAGGCAUACUAUCACUUCAUUAAUGAACUAAGUGAGGAGGAGUAUCGCCUAAUGAGAGACAGCAACCUGCUGGGCACCCCCGGGGAGGUGACUGCAGAGGAGCUCCGACAGCGUCUUGAUGGAGCAAAGGAGCGUGUGUCAUCACAGCCCCGUCCUGAGCAACGCUUGCAGACUGCAGAGACUGGAGAACAGGAGGGCAGUAGCGGUGAGGGAGAGGAGAGAGGGGCUGGAGGGAGACGAGGGACAGGGGCCACAGAGCCAGGCGCAGAAACUUCUAAUGGUGACUCAUUACUGGAGUGGCUGAACACCUUCAGACGCACCGGUAAUGCCACCCGCAGUGGGCAGAGUGGUAACCAGACGUGGCGCGCCGUCAGCCGGACCAACCCUAACAGUGGAGAGUUCCGCUUUAGCCUUGAGAUUAACAUCAAUCAUGAACAGCCAGAGCCAGGGGAGCAUAAUGACACCUCUGACUCUGCAGAGCUGCCAAUGGCCCCAAACACAACUUCAACUUCUAUACGCACGGCUUCCUAUUUCCCCACCCCUCGUUCUUCAACCUACGCUACUCCGAGGCCAGCUCCUUAUCCCUCCCCCCGACCGGCUUUGAGUAGGAGGGCCCAGACACGCCGCACGCGCAGCAGCACUGCCACUCCUCCCAUGAGCCCCCCAGCCCUUCCCACACCAGUGGCCCCCCAGGCCCCGGUUUUGAGGAGAGGUGUAGCCUUGCACUCUCCACCACCAUCACCUGUAAAUCCCCCAACUCCUCAAGAUCAGACUACGCCUUUGCAACAUCAGGUCCAGAAUGCAGCAUUAGAGCACGGGCGUGACGAGGUGACCUUUUCUCUGGACUGUCCCCGUAUAUCACCCCAGUCUGGAUCCCAGGCCCCCGCAGGGGGACGGGAGUCACGUGGCAGUAGGACUCGAUCCCGUGGCCGGGUUCGCAGGGCUGCUGCUGGCGGCGGGGCUUCAUCUCGAUUGUCAAGGCGAAGCCGUUCCCCCCUGCACAGAGCACCUGUCCCCAGUGCCACUCCACCAUCAGGCAGUGGUGUCAGCGGCUCUAACAUCCACAUUGUUGAGCCUGGGAGCGGAACAAGCUCAGUUUCCAUGGAGACAGGCGAGGCUGUCACAGAACCUGCUGCUUUAACAGAGGCAGGAGGAGAACAGGAAGGCGAGUCGCAUGUGGCAGGAGCAGGAGGUGCAGCAGUACGGCGCCACCCGACCAUCAUGUUGGACCUGCAGGUGAGAAGGAUUCGACCUGGGGAAAACCGUGACCGGGACAGUAUCGCCAGCAGAACACGUUCCCGUGCCAGAGUUGCUGAGAAUACGGUCACCUUUGAAAGCGACAGCGGUGGAUUUAGACGCACCAUCUCCCGCUCGGAGCGAGCUGGGAUACGCACGUAUGUCAGCACCAUUCGGAUUCCAUUAAGGCGCAUCAGUGAGACGGGCCUGGGAGAGCCCAACUCAACAGCUCUGCGUUCUAUCUUGCGUCAGAUCAUGACCGGUUUUGGCGAGCUGAGCUCCCUCAUGGAGACAGAGGCUGAUUCUGACACUGUUGCACCUAGCCACCCAGAUGCCAGUGGCACCAAUACUAACACCAACCCAGCCUACCGGGUACACGGAAAUGAGAGCGCAGCCGGUCAUGGUGGUAUAGGUGGGGCUGAUCAGGAGAGGGUAGGGCUGGUGGGAACUGAGGAGGACCAGGGUCAGGCCAGGCUAGGAGGAGGGGUAGCGAGCCCCUCUGAGGGGCGGGCCACCAGCAGAGACACCAACAACCUGGUAGAGAAUGGAACUCUACCCAUCCUGCGUUUGGCGCAUUUCUUCUUGCUGAAUGAUGAAGAGGACGAGGAGCACCCUCGGGGUCUGACCAAAGAGCAGAUUGACAAUUUGGCCACACGUACCUAUGGCCAGGCCAGCCUGGAGGGGGAGGUGGGCCGCGCAUGCAGUGUCUGCAUCAAUGAGUACGCCCAGGGCAACAAGCUGCGCCGCCUGCCCUGCUCCCAUGAGUUCCACAUCCACUGCAUCGACCGCUGGCUCUCUGAAAACAACACCUGCCCCAUCUGUAGGCAGCCUAUCCUCACAGUGCAUCAGGACUGACCCAUUUGUUCACAAACAUGCCUACCGUGCUCCCUGCUGUCUGAACUGAGCAUGCCCAAGUUGGCUGUGCAUGUACAUAGCGCUUUCAUGGUUUAAUUUCUUUGAGAAUAUCCAUUGUGUUGAAGCUGAGGAAGGUUGAACCAAAAGCGGGGAAAAGAUAAACAAACUAUAAAUGCAGAGAAUUAACAAAACUUUAUUUUUUUAGACUUUGUUUCCAGCACCUUGUUUUUGUUUUCAUUUUCUUCUUCCUGUGACCUUUUCUUCGGUUUCUGUCACAAUGCUUCAGAGGCCCCCCCAUCAAUGGAUAGCACUAAUGCUUAAGGAGCUCCUGUAGCUGCUGCUGACUAGUCUCAAUUUAUCUCUUCAAUGUCUGAUACAUGUGAUGCCUCUUUUUCACAAAUGGACUCCACCAAUCACUUCUAGACUUGAUUUAUUCAAUAUAUGAUGUAAAUAUCUCACCAACAAUUGUAUUUAAGGGUUUUGAAGCAAGACGCUCUUCCAUCCGUUUGUAAUGGAGGCAGGAAAACUUUUUUUUUUUUUUUUUUUUUUUUUUAGUCCUGCAUUUUAAAGCUCUGACAUCCAGUUUUAAAGUGUCCCUUCACAGUUGGUUUAGAAGUGUCUGAUUUAAUGGGACAAAGUUUACGAGUAUGUAUUUUUAAUUUCACGUUUUUAUUCUUUAUGUCUGGUGGUCUUUACAUUUGUUUGCCCCUCUCCAUACACCUCUCACAUACCAGUAAAGACAGUUUGCUAUUAAUCCAUAAGAUUUAAAAGUAAGUUAAAUCCUUCACAAUCGUUCACGUUGCUCAUAUGAACAGAACAAUUCAAAUGUAACACCCAAGGCAGAUGAUAAUCAGGAAGCCAGUGUAGUAAUUUAGUAGCAAACACUUGGUCUUUUGUCAGACAGUAGUGGUAACAGACAAGGAGUCGUGCAAUAAGGGGAGAAGAGACAGUGUUGUGUUGUGGUGCUGUUUGCCGUUUACACCUGAAGGUUCUCAGUUCAAAUUGGAUGCCUGAUUCUAAUCUCCACCUAAAAGAAGUCUUUCCAACUCUGAAUGUUCAAUAUUCCUUCUUAGUUCCUAUCCUGUCACUGUUUUUGAUCUGUGCCCCCUGUCAAACACUCAAAAUUCACUGAGGCUUUAUGAGCCUCUGCUGCAGCUUUUCCUCCCAACCUGCAUUUACUGCUGAUGGGAACUGUGAACAGCACAGCGCUCCCAAAUGAGGCCUGUGUUAAUGCCAGGGCCUGUUUCAGUUUUUGUACCAGUGCUAUUCCUGAAUAGGACAGUAUCAGCAGAAUGAUAUACAUGUAUGCUCUUACAUUUUGGUUUUACGUUACCUGUACAGAUACUGACAUUUCUAGGUGGAUCAUUCAGCUGUACCACCGAGUUGUUCAGUCACCACCAGGGGCACUAUGUUCAACAGCUUAGGAGAGCAGGAGCUACUACAUCUUUACAGUUACCACAUGGCCACAAAACUGUGCGAAUGUUGCAGUAUGUAAGGGUGUGUGAGAGUGGACAGUGUGUGUGUGUGUGUAUAUGGUAUAUUGCGUGUGUGUGUGUCUGUAUCUGUGUGGGUGCUGAAGCUGAAGGAAAGGCCUCCGUCGAAUGUCCCAAUAACCUGGUUCUCAGAAAGCUUCUGUUCCUUGAUUGUCCACCAGAGACCGAGUUGGAGAGGGUUGUGGCCACCCAAUUCAGAAGUGAAUAUUUAUUCUGUUCCUAUUUAAUAAGGUGGAAAACAGCUUUUGAAAAAUGAGUAUGUAUUAUGUUACAAUGUGAUGAGAUUAAAUAAAACAGUUAAGAUGAAUAUGUACUAUGUUACUAUGUAAUAAAAUGAAGACAUGGGUUUUCUUCUCUGCUCCUUAACAAUGGAAUAAAACAGCUGUACUUGG